AACUAUUAUGAAGCCCAGUAGUUUGCGAUCCAUCAUUGCGGGCUCUACCGCGGGUGCCGUCGAGAUCGCUAUCACAUAUCCAGCAGAAUUCGCAAAGACCCGGACACAACUCAACCGCAGACUCCCCGACGCAAAGAAACUACCAUGGCCGCCGUUCGGUUCACAAUGGUAUGCCGGGUGCACAACCCUCAUCAUCGGAAACUCUCUUAAAGCAGGAAUUCGUUUCGUUGCCUUUGACUGGUUGAAAUCACUUCUGCAGGAUGAGAAUGGCAAGAUUUCGGGGCCCCGAACGGUCAUUGCGGGUUUCGGGGCGGGAUUUACUGAGUCUCUUUUGGCGGUCACACCAUUCGAGAGUAUCAAAACGCAAUUAAUCGACGAUCGGAAGUCUCAAAAGCCCCGAAUGCGAGGAUUCUUGCAUGGGAGCAAGAUUAUUUAUCAAGAAAGAGGCGUUCGAGGAUUUUUCCAAGGGUUUGUUCCGACAACUGCACGCCAGGCUGCCAAUUCAGCGACACGCUUCUCAAGCUAUACUAUGUUGAAACAGAUGGCCCAAGGCUGGGUUGCCCCUGGAGAGAAGCUAGGAACCGUGAGCACCUUUGCGAUCGGUGGGAUGGCCGGUCUCAUCACGGUUUACGUUACGCAACCUCUUGAUACUGUCAAGACAAGAAUGCAAUCCCUAGAAGCCAGUAAAAACUAUAAGAACAGUUUUGUCUGCGCGGCACGAAUCUUCAAGGACGAGGGCAUUUUGACCUUCUGGUCAGGCGCCGUUCCACGUCUGGCAAGGCUUAUCAUGAGCGGCGGUAUAGUUUUCACUAUGUACGAGAAGACAAUGGAGGCAUUUGACACCUUCGACCCAGAAAGGCGGUAUCUCUAAUAUAUUUGCUGAAUUUGGAUGAUAUGUGCAAAUCCAAGGUCCAUGUAUGCGCAGUUGCAGUGUGGAGAUUUCGAAUGGAGCUGCUAAAGUCAGAGU